CUUUGUCAUAGCCAAACCUCUUUUUUUUUCUUCUAAUGCGUAACGUGCAGGUCUGGCCAUAAUUGGGUCAGAGGAGUUAAAGCAAACCACGGUUACUUUGUUUCUCACUUUGGCUCUUUUCAUGACAUGUUUGCUGUGUAGAGCUCUUGCAGUGUAAGCGGCUGAGAGAAAUACUGAUCAGUUUUCUGAGGCUGGAAAGGGGCUCUUGGGGGCGGGAGUUUGAUUAUGGAGAGCAUGCCGAGGGAAUUUCUCAAAGGAAGCAGCGUGGACGUGCCCGGGCAAGAAAAAGGUCUCAUGAAGAAGACUCAGUUGCUCGACCGCGGCCAGUGGGCGAGCAAGUUGGAGUUUUUACUGGCUGUAGCAGGAACAUUGGUUGGCCUGGGAAACCUUUGGAGGUUUCCCUACUUGUGCUACAAAAAUGGGGGAGGUGCAUUUCUGAUUCCCUACGUCCUGUUUCUGCUUGCUUGUGGCAUCCCAAUGUUCCUCCUGGAAACAGCCAUGGGACAGUUCACAUCUCAGGGAUGUAUUACCUGCUGGAGGCACUUCUGCCCCUUGUUUGAAGGUAUUGGAUAUGCAACCCAGGUAGUGAUUGCAUAUGCUGCUGUUUCAUACAUUGUGAUCCAGGCAUGGGCUUUCUUCUACCUCUUUUCAUCCUUCAGUGCUGAGAUUCCAUGGGCUAGCUGCAGGAAUUCCUGGAAUACAGAGUCUUGUUUUGAAUUUGAUAAAGCAAAUGCGUCAUCCAACUGGACAGCAGCUGCAAACGCAACAACACCGGCAACAACACCAGCAACAGAAUUCUGGGAGAGAAGAGUACUGGGUAUAUCUCAAGGGAUUGAGGAGAUUGGUAGCCUGAGGUGGGAUUUGGCCUUGUGUCUCUUACUGGCAUGGAUCAUUUGUUACUUCUGUGUUUGGAAAGGAGUGAAGUCCACUGGAAAGGUAGUUUACUUUACGGCCACUUUUCCCUACGUGAUGUUAGUGGUUCUGUUAGCUCGUGGACUCACUUUACCAGGAGCCAUAAACGGCUUAGCUUUUUACCUGUAUCCUGACCCCACAAGGUUGGUGGACCCUCAAGUUUGGAUGGACGCGGGUGCACAAGUUCUUUUCUCCUUUGGGAUUUGUCAGGGGAGUUUGACGGCUCUGGGCAGUUACAAUAAGUAUAACAAUGAUUGUUACAAAGACACAUUUGUUCUGUGUUUGGUUAACGGAGGAUCCAGUUUUGUUGCAGGGUUUGCAAUAUUUUCUGUUCUGGGAUUUAUGUCCUACGAACAAGGACUGCCAAUAUCAGAAGUGGCAGCUUCUGGACCUGGCUUGGCAUUUAUUGCCUAUCCGCGCGCGGUAGCCAUGAUGCCUUUACCUCAAUUAUGGGCUAUAUGUUUCUUCAUCAUGGUCAUCUUGUUGGGGGCAGAUACACAGUUUGUGAGUUUGGAGUGUUUGAUGACCUCAGUGACGGAUAUGUUCCCCAAUGUGUUUCGAAGAGCUUAUCGUCGAGAAUUGCUGCUGCUCUGUAUCUGCUCUGUUUGCUUUUUUCUCGGCCUCCUCCUUGUCACCGAGGGCGGCUUGUAUUUCCUUCAACUCUUUGAUCAUUAUGUGUGUAGUGGAAACAAUCUUCUCCUUCUUUCUGUGUGUCAGUCGAUAGCGAUUGGAUGGAUAUAUGGUGCUGAUCGUCUUUAUGACAACAUUGAAGACAUGAUAGGUUAUCGUCCCUGGCCUCUAAUGAAGCAUUGUUGGCUUUACGUUACCCCUGCUGUGUGUCUAGGUACUUUUGUCUUUUCAAUUGUGAAAUAUAAGCCUCUCAAGUUCAACAAAACCUACGUCUAUCCGACCUGGGCGUACGCUUUGGGCUGGUUUCUUGGACUGUUCUGUGUUCUUCUGGUUCCUCUGUGGAUCAUCUUUAAAGUUACUACAAUGAAAGGGACAAUUUGUCAGAACCUCAGGCAGCUGUGCGUCCCGCAGAGCUUGACGCACAGAAAAGCAAAGCAGCCCGAGCAGUGCCCUUUAAACCCAGACAUUACUCUUACUCCUGUUGCCAACAAGGGAAGAGGUGGAGCUGAGAUGGAGAUGCAAGUCUGAAAACCAUAACAUUUUUACAAAUUUGUCAGAUGUGAUGUUUUUAUUUUAGUUUAAACUCAAGGUUUUGUAAAGGAAAUACUGAUAAGAUCAUUAAUUCCGAAGACUUCUAGCAGGUUUCAGAGGCAGGUCGAGUUUUGAGAGACCGUGUAGACUAGUGACUAGCGAGGUAACUUUAUUCCCCGCUACAUUUUUUGUCUUGCUAGCAGCAAACAGUUUCAAAUCAUUCCAGUGUUUGGUUGGCUCUUAUUUAGCACCACAAUCCUCAAACAAAAGCACUUGAGCCUUGUAGGUGACUUUCACAUUAGAUUGCCACAAACACUGCCACAAUUUCAGCUGAUUGAUAGAAUUCAUAAUUGUAACUGUGUUGAGAUGUACUUUUAAUAAUGUGGCAAUAAUACUGAUAAGCCUAUUAAUGUAGGCAGCUGGAAAAAAAAAGUUUUCUAAAUUUUCUAUGCUGAAUCUGUCUUACAUUGCCUGGUCAAAAAAAGAAAAAAAAGCAACCACCCGUAUUUAAAUAAGCAAGCUGGUAAGAGGAUGAUGGUGAACCAUCAUCUUGGGAAAAAGGAUGAAAUUUUUUCAUCUUGGGGAAAAAAAGUUUUAUGAAGCUAACAGCAUUUCCACAUUGUUAAGACAGUACAAGUUGUGUAGCUUUAGGAAAACUACUUAUCAGUGGUCAGCUGACUACCGCUGAUGUACUGAAUUGCCAUCAAUGUUUUUUUCUUUCUUUCAUGAUUCUGAGAAGACAAAUCGAGGAUUCAGCAACUCUGAAAGAUUAGAUUAGAUGAAACUUUAUUAAUCCCUCGGGUGGUUUCCUCUGGGAAAUUCAGUUUCCAGUAGCGCAGCACCGACAGCAGUUGCAUGUUACAGAAACAAUAAAGGGGAAUGAGAGUAAGGAUAUAAGCAUAAAUAUACCAUAUAUACACAUAUAUAAAUACAGAAUAUAUAAUAUGGAUAAAUAGGAAUACCAGUGGAUUGCACAUUUGAGUGAGUAUAUUGCACAGUGAUUAUUGCACAGUCAAAUAUAAGAAAAAAAUAUUGCAAAUAUUGCACAGAGUUGUUUGUGGAACAGGAGACAACAUUUUCACACAUGAAUCAGCUGACACAAUACAAGAUCUUAGUGAAAAAUUUGUGCAAUUCUUGCCUAAGAUUAUGAAACGAUACCAUGGGAAUUUGCGUUGUCAUCAAAACUUGAAGUAAUUCUAAUAAAACAUUUGAGUCUGCUACUUGUUUUUUUGA